UGUACCAUGGCAAACAUGGCACAGUUACCUAUCAGACGUAAAGGUCAUUCUAAAUGUAUUGUUCACAGAGACAACGAUGUUGUCUUUGUUUGUCAAAAAUGUAACUUAUUAAUAUGCACAACAUGUUGUUUAUCAGAAAACCAUAAAGAUCAUAUCGACAGCUUACGUGAACUGUCUGAAACUAGAACGGAAAAUACAAAUAGGAUUGUGGAUUUUGUGAAUGACGCAGAAAAUAUAAAUAUUCCCAAACUGAACCAGGAAAUUAUUUCAUCUCGAACAAAAAUGUCUGGUUAUAAAACGCAUUACGAGAAUCUUCGUAAAAGUAUCAUAGACAAUAAUAACCAAUGUAAAUCACAUUUAGAUCAAUUAACUGCGGAAUAUAUAUCGACGUGUGACCAAAUGGAGGCGGCAGAGACAGACAUCAUUCAGACCCACAUCCCAGACCUGGAGAGGAGGUUGGAUACGUUGAGGAAUCUCUUACCAGAAUAUAAACAGACUCUCCAGACAGGAACUGAUGUACUCAUGUACGACUCGGUAUCGGAAAUCCGGGAAAUGGAUCCAGACAGUCCACCGACACCUAGCAUUGAGAUGGUAGAGUUUACUCCGAGUAAGGACAGACAAAGUCUCCUGAAGCAGGCCGUCGGGAACAUAAACAUUCCUGAUAACCUUCUCCAGUACUCUCUUCCUGACCAUCCAACAGUCAUGUCAGAGUUCACAUACCCGGAAAUCAUCACAUCGAUCUGCCCCACAUCUGAUGGACGUGCAUGGCUGUGUGACUGUACCAACGACACAGUAAAGCUCAUCAGCAACAAUGGUCUGGUCAUACAGAAGAUACAAUACAACAGUAAGAUCUUUGACAUCAGUCUGGACCCCACCUCAGGUCGUCUGUGGUUCUGUAGUUAUUGGGAGAGAACUAUAUGUGAAGCCUCUACAUCAUCUACACCAGUCUGUAUGUUUACUACAGAGGAUCGCCCAGCUAAUCUGUGUGUGACCAGGGAGGGUCGGGUAGUGGUGGGUACACGGGGUAUACAUGACAAAGUGGUGAUGUACACAGCAGACGGUCAAAUGUUACAUACAGCCAUUGUGGAGGGGUCAUGGACGGGGGCAGUAGAGUCCAUCACACAGUGUGGUGUUACAGGUAACAUAGCUGUAGUAGUGGAUUAUAAACGGAUCAUUGUGUACAACCCAACACUCCAGCCCCUGGUCCAUUACCGGGGGGAGGGGAUUCAGGCCCAGGGGGAGGGGAUACAGUCAGGGGAGCCGGUCACACCAGACAAGUUUGGUCCUCGUACAGUUGUAUAUGACAGUAAGGGUAAUAUUAUUAUUGCUGACGGGACAAGGAACACAAUAGAACUGAUAAGUGGAGCAGGGAAGUACAUAAAAACACUUCACACAAACACAGGAUACCAGGGACCAGUAGGUAUACAGAAGGGUGAUAAGCUGUGGUCACGCUUAAGAUUAGAUACGGGAGAGUGGGGACUCAAACUCCUAAAACAUUAUAGUGACUGAGUGUCUGAACAUUGAAUGACGUAAAAAACAUUAAUUUCAUACUUUGAUAUCGUACAUUUAUCCAUAUGUUCGUAUAACGUAAGGCAAGUAACCAAUAAUUGAACGUGUUGCCGUUAUUUUUUCACAUCAAACUGAUUUGAGAAUUUUCUUCUAUUUUAAACAAAGAAUGCAUUUGCUUUGGAAUUCGUAUAUCAUAUACCGUGGCUUUAGAAUUUUUAAACACGCCCCUGUGGUGCAUUUCAAACACUGACUUCCCCUUCUCCCUUCAGUGGGUCGUUCCAAACCUGUUUUACCCAUAAAUAUUUGGUAUGGUCCCGAAAGAGAAAAAAAAAAGAAAAAAAAAGUUCUGCUUCUGGCUGGUGUUUAAAAAUAGCAUCUACUCUUACUAUAUCAACAAAGUGUAACACUCGCAAAGUCAGAAGUAGGGGGUGAGCUACGAUUCACUUUGAAUUUAAGGUCAAUCAACCUAAAAUAUCAAAUGCACACAAACUUCAGUAACGUACCUUAGAUUCGAAUCCUUAAAUAUCAAUGUAUGCUAUUUUUGUGUCUUGUAGCAAUGAUCUAAAAAUGAGAAAAUGGAUCAAAUGCAGUCCUGAUAGCAGACGAUGUGUCGACCAUGGAACGGAAGUAGUCUGUAUAUUUUAGAGCGGUAUGAAAGGGACAAUAUGAUUGGUCGACAGCUCUGUAAACAAUAUAACUAUAAUUAUCGACCAAUCAAUAGCCUACUUCCGUUCCACAGUCGGUGCAUCGUCCGAUGUUCAAGUGUUACACCGUGUUUACUGUAUACCUGGUAUUUUUCGCCCCAUGUUAUUUUCGCCCUUGAGCAACACAAAAGAUAUUCGCCCCGUUUUAAUUUCGCCCUAAACUCCUUUUAAGAAAUGUCUUUUCCUCGUUUACAAUCGGAAAAUUCUGUUCGGAAUUCUCGAUAUAAUUGCUCUCGGAACACUGGAUUUAUCGAGUUCCCCCAUUUUCUUUCCUUUUUUUCAUAUCCCGCUGAGGUGUGAAAUGUAAUCGGUGUGAAAUAUUCAGUGAAAUAUUCAACGUUUACCUGUGUUCAGAUUUACUUUUAGCCUAUAUUUAUUCAAAUAGUAUCAGGUAUGCAUGGUCGAUUUUAAGCAAACACGAUGAGUGGUAAGUUCACCGUGCCGUGACUAAUUACUGACCAGUGUUUUCUCUUGUUCAUUUAUCAUUGAUGGAAGCUACAAGCGACGGUGAACUCAUAAAAUCAGUCUUCACAAUGGUAAGAAUUUGAUGCUAUUUUGUGUGCAUCAUUUUAAAAAAAAUGGCUGGAUUUUAAAAGUUACUUAGUAUUUAUAGCCUUUUUUAAUAUCAAAUAUACUAGACCUAGUACGCUGUUUUAGCCCAUAUUCUCGAUUCAACUCAACGUGAUAUUGCAAAUUUACUAGGCCUAGAUUUCUAUCUAUAUUUUAUUUUAGAUGCAUAGAUUGGAAUAAAACAAUAAAUUCUUUUGUGAAUUUAGUGUAAACAUGUCCUGCUUGUAAUUGUAUGGAAUAAAGCACACUUGAAAAGUACGAGGGUAUGUUUUGUAGCCUAUGUAUGAUAACUUGUAAAUCCUGCAAUUGAGCUUGAAAUUUUCGCCGACAUCUUAAAUUCGCCCUAUCUUCAAAGGGCGAAAUUGGCGAAAAUUAAACGGGGGCGAAAAUUAACAAGUAUACAGCAUAACGUAGGGGUUAAUAUUUUUUUGCCUUUGAAUACUCAUGUACAACAUGUAAGUUAAUUGCUUCCUGUGUAGUUUGAGUAGAUCAGGACUCUGUCUAGUCUUGUACUGUACUUAUGAAUAUGGUAAUUCGUCGUUUCAUGUAAUAAAAGUAUCUAAU